CAAAAACAAGAUUAUUUAGUAAAAAGCCAAACUCAGAAGCAAACUAUUACUCAGUUAACAAAGGAAUUAAGUCAGGUUCAAGACAAUUAUAAUCAACAAAUUAAAGAAUUAGAGACCAAUCAGCAAGAAAAAAUAACUGAUUUGCAAAAUAGUCUUACCCAAGCUAACAGCAAAAUUGAACAAUUAGAAUCAGAACAGAAAGAAAAUGAAAAGGUUUUAGAGCAAUUGGAAGAAUCAACAACUCACCGCGACAAAUUAAAAAAGCAAAAUGAAAAAGGAGGAUUUGGCAAAUCAGCAAUCAGAGCCUCAAUAAAAGGUCUUAAUUUCGCAGUAAAGGCUUAUAACCUAGUUGUGGCAAAUGCUGUAAAAUUUGCUACUUUUGGUGCAGCAGACAUCAAAUUAAAAGAAAUCAAUGAAAAUCAAACAUUAGAAGAAAUUAUGAAAAGUGGUGGAACUUCGGUAGCACUUGGUCUGAUUGAUGAUGCUGUUAAAGCAGUUAGGAGAGUAGGACUUCCGGCUAUCAAUGCCAUUCAGGUUUUUGGUGUUGGUGGACCUCAAGCAGUUGCCGCGGCUAGCAAGGUUUUGUCUACUGUUGAAUUCGCCAUCGACCAUUUAAAAGAUAUGCUUACAAGUAGUGCCAUUUCUGGUCUAGCAGCCGAAGUAGGAGAUUUAAAGGAUGGUCAAGCCAAACUUAAUGCCAAAGUAGACGCCCAAGGCAAGUUAAUGAACAAAAGAAUGGGAGACCUUAAAUCAGAACUCCAAGGAGAAUUAAAACAACAAGGAGAAAAGUUCGACAAAGAAAUUAAAAACCUCGAUGCCAAAAUAGACCAAGCCACCGGUCAACUAAAAAAAGACUUAGAAGAAGAAAAAAAACAACGCCAAGCCCAAUACCAAGAAUUAAAGAAUUCCAUUGCGGAA